AUGGCAAUCACACUGUGCAACUACAAGUUUCCUCAGAUCACAUAUGGAUGUGCUCCACUGAUGAACAAGGAAACAGAAGGACAUUUUGUCAACUGGAUGUUCCCAGAUGAGAUCACCAGUUUAAAGGAAUACUACAUUUACUGUUGCAUUUUGGUUGGACCUGGGAUGAAAGACAGAGACAUUUUCAUGCGUUUGCUUCUCCUGGUGUUCCUGGUGAAGAAAAUAGAGACUCUGAGCUGCCCUGCAAGUGAUGCUUUACUUGUUCCACAUGAGUGGUACCAACCUGGUGACCUCGUCAUUGGUGGGAUGGUGUCCCACAUCAUUUACAACCUUUAUGAAAUUAACUUUGAGGAAUAUCCUUGUGUAACCUCUUAUGAUAUACCAAAUGUCAUAACCAAAUUCUACCAGCACGUCCUCGCCUUGGCCUUUGCUGUGAAGGAGAUCAAUGAGGACUCCCAGAUCUUACCCAAUGUCACUCUUGGGUUCCACAUCUAUGACAGUUACAACAACCCAAGGUUGACCUACCACACCACUCUGGACCUGCUUUUCAAAUCCCAGGAAUUUGUUCCUAACUACAAAUGUGAUAGCCAGAAGAAUCUCAUGGCUAUUAUUGGAGGACUAGGUUUUGAUACAUCAUUUUAUAUAGCUGAAAUUAUAAGAUUCUUCAAGAUUCCACAACUAUCCUACGGCUCAUUAGUCCAAGAGGAAUUUCAGACCAGUAAGCUUUCUUCACUUUAUUUCAUGGUCCCCGAAGAGGACCAUCAGAACAUUGGGAUUGUCCAACUGCUUCGCCAUUUCAGGUGGACUUGGAUCGGAAUAUUUUCUGUUGAUAAUAUCCACGGAGAAAACUUCUUACAGAAAAUGCAGCCCUUGCUUUCACAGAACGGAAUCUGCUCAUCGUUUAUACAGAGGCUUUCGCAAGGGGUCCACGUGGAAGAAUUCCACACAGUUGAUCGAAGGCUGUCACUUACUUCUUUUCGUUUGUUGAAUAGCAAAGCCAACACAUUUCUUGUCUAUGGAGAAUCCAGGAGCAUUACAGAGCUAACAUUUGUAAGAUUUCUGAUCGAUCCCGAAAGCAAGGAACCUGCAUUAUUUGGAAAGGUGUGGAUCAUGACUGCCCAGUUUGAUUUUGUACUAUCAGGCACUCAAAUCACAUUGGAUCUCAGCAUGUACAAUGGGGCUGUUUCCUUCACCGUUCAUUCAACAGCAGUCGCAGGGUUCAAGGAAUUUCUUCAGACCAUCAAUCCUCUUUCAGUCUACAGAGAUGUGUUUCGGCAGGAUGUUUGGGAACAAGCAUUUGAUUGUUCUUUUUCAAAGCCAGAGUUACAAGAAACACACAGUAGGAAGUGCACUGGGGAGAUGAAGCUGGAAGAUCUUCCAUCACCUGUCUUUGAAAUGGAAAUGACUGGCCAAAGCUACAGUGUCUACAAUGCUGCUUAUGCUGUGGCUCAUGCUUUGCAAGCUCUACACAUGUUGAGGUUCAAUAGGAGGAAAACCAUGAUAGGCAAAACACCUGAUGUUCCACAGCUGCAGCCUUGGCAGCUCCACCCAUUUCUUCAAGGCAUUGCUUUUAACAAUUCAGCUGGGGAGAGAGUUUUCCUGAAUGAGAAAGGGGAAGCAACAGGUGGAUUCGACAUCACCAACCUGAUCACUUUUCCAAACAGAUCCUUUCAGAGAGUUCUACCGGUUUCUCGAUGCAAUGACCCUUGUUUCCCUGGAUAUUGGAAGAAAGGGAUUGAGGGGGAUCAGUUCUGCUGCUAUGACUGUGUUCCAUGCCCAGAAGGGAAGAUUUCAAAUCAAAAUGAUAUGGAAGAUUGCUUUGAAUGUUCAGAAGAUCAAUAUCCAAAUAAAGAAAAGAAAGGUUGUAUCCUGAAACUGUUGGUCUUUCUAACUUUUGAAGAAACCUUAGGAAUUGUUUUAGCCUCAGCAGCUCUUUGUUUCUUCUUCUUGACAUCUUGGGUACUUGGAACUUUCAUUAAGCACCAAGAUACUCCCAUUGUCAAAGCCAACAACAGGUCCCUCACCUACACCCUCCUUGUAUCUCUUCUGCUCUGUUUUCUCUCCUCUUUGCUCUUCCUCAGCCAACCUGGCAAAGUGACCUGCUUUCUCCGGCAACCAACUUUUGGCAUCACCUUCUCAGUGGCCAUUUCUAGUGUACUGGCCAAAACCAUAACUGUGGUUGUGGCUUUCAUGGCCACUAAACCAGGAUCUCAGAUGAGGAAGUGGGUGGGGAAAAGAUUGGCUUUUUCUAUUGUCCUCUCAUGCUCCCUCUUACAAGUAUGUACGUGUAUACUUUGGUUGUCAACAUCUUCCCCAUUCCCUGAGUUGGACAUGCACUCAGAGCUCCAAGAAAUGAUUUUGCAGUGCAAUGAGGGGUCAGCUUUCUUCUAUUGUGUCUUGGGCUACAUGGGUAUUUUGGCCAUUGCCAGCUUUAUUGUGGCUUUCCUUGCCCGUAAAUUACCCGACAGCUUUAACGAAGCCACGUUCAUCACCUUCAGCAUGUUGGCCUUUUGCAGUGUGUGGAUCUCCUUCUUUCCAGCCUAUAUGAGCACAAAAGGAAAAGCCAUGGUAGCUGUGGAGGUCUUCUCCAUCUUGGCCUCCAGCACUGCAUUACUGGGAUGCAUAUUCCUCCCAAAAUGCUACAUCAUUGUUUUUCGCCCUAACCUCAACCACAGGGAGCAACUCACAAAGAGAAAAUAG